AAAAACACUUUCACAUAACGUAAAAACAGUCUCAAUGCGAAGAUCUUAAUAAAACAUGAAGUUGUCAGGUUUCUCGAUUGAUGAAAUUUUAGCCAAGGAAUCUUCGCAUAGAAGUAAAAAUGAGACUCAUCUUCCAGCAGUGAUCUAUACGCCGCACGGUUACAGAUUACCACCAUAUUGUUUCUCUACUUAUCGAAGACGUUGUAUGUCGCCAUAUUCAACGAAAUCAAACACGUCACCAGCACCGGCAGACGAUAUAGAUGACGAUAAAGUCACAAGACGUCCACGAACGUCAAUAACGUCCUGUCAGCGUGAGUUUUUAGAAGAAGAAUUUCAGAAAGAACGCUACCCCACAUUGGUUUAUAUUGAUACUUUAAGUCGUCGGAUUAAUCUCCCACAAUACGUAAUAAAGGUUUGGUUUCAAAAUCGUCGAGCGAAAUAUCGAAAAGAAGGGCAUCGUCGUAAACCAAAAAAUGACAAUGCGAACCUCGAUGAAAACAUCACGAUUGAUCUAACUAAAGACAUAUUGUCGUUGCCAUGGAACAAAAAUGAACUCACCGACCAACCAACAGUCAAACCAUGUAGCCAGCAAUAUUACCAUUGGUCGAAUUCUUACAGCGACGAAAUAUCACCCAAUGAUGCAACAGAAAAAUGUAGUUGCUUCCAGUGUAGAGAAGGAACUUGUUACGCUAAGUAUUAAUCCCUAAUUACAUUGUUUGAAAAUACCCUACUUCCUCCUGUAACUCCUUUUACAUCGCUCUUAUCACCUUCCUUACGUCGAUUCCUUAUACUUUUAAACUUUUUAAUUCCCUGUUUUCCCCAACCAAACCCCUCCCUGCUUCGGUAAGAGUCUUUGUAAACGCCACGAAAUGACAUAGCUGCAUCAAAGCAAUGAAAAUUUAUAAAUUUUAUUGGACUGCGGUUGAGUUUGUAUAGAAUUUUAUGACGUGGAUUAGAGAGAGUAUAGUAAUAUAAUAUGUUUAUAUUUGUGUUUUAUAGCAUUCAUAUUUAUUAUUACAAAUUUGUAUUUAUUUAUAGAAAGUUUAUUUUUUAUAUAAAGUUAUAUGCUUGUUGUGUACACCUGGUAUUAAAAAAAGCCAAAUUUAUCAAACCGCUUUAUCCUUUGAG